AAACUGCUCACUGCUCGGGGGUUUGGCCAAAGGAGGCGGGGAGAGGUUUGUUAUUGGAAAAGCUGACAAGCGAACAAGGCAGAGGGGAGGAGAGAGAAAGAGAGAGGCGGCUGUCUGACUUUGACUUGGUCAGUAAAGGCCUCAUGCAGCUUCUUAGCAGCAACUCAAUUCCAUUUUUAUCUGCCUGACACUAGUCGACUUUUAGCAGAGUUCACCGGGAGCUGAGGAGGGAGGGAAAGACAGGCGUGAGACUCAAAAGGGGGGAAAGAAAAAGAGAAAACAUGAUGACCCAAGAACAGUGCACUCAUAGGAACAAUGUCCAGAGUUCAGAGAAACCACAAGUGUACAAAGUGGGAAUAUACGGCUGGAGGAAACGCUGCCUUUAUUUCUUCGUCUUGCUGCUGAUGAUCCUGAUCCUGGUCAACUUGGCACUAACCAUCUGGAUCCUCAAAGUCAUGAACUUCACCAUUGAUGGCAUGGGCAACCUCAGAAUAACAGAGAAGGGCCUGAAACUGGAGGGGGACUCAGAGUUCCUGCAACCCCUUUAUGCCAAAGAAAUCCAGUCCAAACCAGGCCGCCCACUGUUCCUCCAGUCAUCACGAAAUGUCUCGGUCAACGUUGUCAACAGCAACAACCAGCUACUCACACAGCUUGUAACAGGAUCCAGUGGAUUUAAAGCACGAGGAAAGAUGUUUGAAGUCAAAUCCACCUCUGGCAAGCUCCUCUUCUCUGCUGAUGAGCAGGAGGUUGUAGUCGGAGCAGAGAGGCUCCGAGUUAUGGGGGCUGAAGGAGCUGUGUUCAGCAAAUCGGUGGAGACGCCGCACGUGAGGGCCGAGCCAUUCAAAGAGCUCCGACUUGAGUCUCCCACUCGCUCUUUGAUCAUGGAGGCUCCUAAAGGAAUCCAGAUCCUAGCUGAGGCUGGAGACAUCAAGGCCAUCUGCAGGAACGAGCUGCGACUGGAGUCCAAAGACGGGGAGAUCUCUCUGGAUGCUCGGAGGAUCCGCCUAAUGAGGCUGCCGGAAGGGAAAGCGUCCACCAGCUCCUCGUCCUCAGGGACCAGGCAGACUGUCUACGAGGUUUGCGUUUGCCCCAACGGGAGGCUUUUCCUGUCCCAGGCUGGCACUGGAUCCACCUGCCAGAUCAGCAACAGCGUCUGCCUCUAGGACUCAUUCAAACAAUAACAAAUAAGUACACUAAUAUCCUGAGAGAAAGACGGGCAGAAAAAGACCGAUGUUACACAAAUCACCUGCCUCUAGGACUGAUUCACGACAAACACACAGAAAUACGAAGACUCCCAGAGCUGAUGGACACACAGUCAACACUUUAAACACUGGUCGGUAUUAUUUCUCCUCGUGGGUCGUAUGGGACUAAAACAUUGCAGGUUUUAACACCUUACAACACAACUAAGGUCUGAAAGGAGCUUUUAUCUUCUUGAGAAUACAUGACAGUGUGACUAUUUAUUAAAAGACCUGUGAAAUUUAUCGUCUCAACCCUAAAAGUCAAACAUAACACUGCUAUUGGUUAAUAGCAAACACACAUACAGAUGCACACAGAGGCUUAAAGACACAUUCACACACACUAUAUAUUCACACACACAGUGUUUGCUUGAGACUGGGAGGAAAAUCUCUGGAGAUUUACUGUAAGAGACACUGAUCUGUUCCCUUCCUCCCCCAAGCAUUUCAGUACCAGAAUCACGAGGUUGAUCACCGCUGGCAACACACCCUCCCUUCUGUGAUUUACUUUUUUUUCCCCUUCUAUCUCCAUCAUCUUCACUUCCCUUUUUAUUAAGCUACCUUAUUACAGCUCAGAUAUUUUACUUUCUUGCUUCCUCAUUAGGCUCAAAAGCCCAAAAGGCCCAGUGUAAGCACCUGAUGAUGACUAUUCCUAAUUGGAUCAGGAAUCCUUGAAUUACACAAGAGCUUGGACACAUUUGAAGUCAAAUAAGGCUGCAGCUGUUUGCACGGAUGCAGAGAGAGCUCGGUGCAUUUCAUCUGAGACAACAAGCAAAUAGACGAAUGCGCUGCUUCAUCAAGUUGACAAAAUAUGCUCUGCAAAGUACCCUCAGCACUUUGGACAACAUAAAUAGACAACCACAUGGCGAGAAGUCAAUCCCACAGACAACAACAGAAGUGUUGCAGUAGAUGCAGGAGCUGAGCAAACCCCACUGGCAAGGAUUUAUUACGAUUAGACAAGUUCAGAUGACUUAUUUUGCACGGAGGAAACGUUUUAGCUGGUUAUCUGAGUUGGCAAGACGAUGAUUUUGAGACUAGGCUACCCCUUUGUCUGCAGUAAUAUCUUCAAUGUGAGAUGAUGUUGUUCUUUACACGUUUGCUCAUAGCUGCCUGUUUGAAAACUUGAAAUUAAACACUUGAAAAACUCUCAUUUGUGCCUCAUUUGAGAUGUGUCCUACAGCUCCGUGCUGCUGUGCCAGUGGACAUUUGUGUACAAAUGACACUCUUGUUAUAAUAUCAGAGUUUCUGCCUAAGAGCUAACACCGGUAGAUGUGAAAUAAGGCUGGCACUAUGACUAACUUAUAGAAAAAUACCUUACUGGCAGUUGUAUUCGUGGAUAUUUCCCUAGGCUUCAGUUCAGACACAGAUAUGUGACGACGAUCCCUCCUUUAGCCACAAUCCCAUCAUGAGUCAUGUUGAAUUGGCUCGUGUAGUUUAAACAUCACACAGCAGAUAGGAAUAGCUGAAGUAAAAGGCCUAAACCUAAAAGGCUAGCCUGUGGCUGAUAGGCUGAUUUAAAGUAAAGAAUGUUCUUUUUGGAAGUUUGUUCAGAUACUGAGCUUCACUGUCACGUCACUACUUUAGCUAA